CAUUGAAAUUCAGUUGAUAUUUUCACCUGCUAAUAUUGAGAGUUUCAAUUUUCCAUGGCGAGCGAUAAUCCGGUGGUAAGCGUGAAACAAGGCCAACUACGUGGCGUGGUCGUGGAAAAUGUCUACGGGGGUCAAUUCCUAGCAUUCCGUGGGAUACCAUACGCGAAACCACCCGUUGGUCCACUCAGGUUCAAGGAUCCUGAGCCCCCUGAACCAUGGACAGGCACAAGAGACGCGUCAGUAUUUGGCGACGUUUGCGCUCAAAUAGACAUACGCACUUGGGAAUUAAUCGGAAGCGAUGAUUGUCUGUACUUGAACGUGUACUCACCGCUCAACGAUUCCCCGAAACGUGCAGUCAUGUUAUGGAUCCAUGGCGGUGCUUUUAUGAACGAUUCUGGCAACGACAAAUUUUACGGUCCAGAUUAUCUCGUCCGAAAGGAUGUUGUUCUCGUCACAAUUAAUUACAGGGUCGGAGUAUUGGGUUUUCUUACUUUGGAGCACGAAAUCGCUCCAGGUAAUCAGGGUAUAAAGGAUCAAGUGAUGGCUUUAAAGUGGAUCCAAGAAAAUAUCUCCAAUUUUGGUGGAGACCCUAAUAAUGUUACAAUCUUUGGAGAAAGUGCUGGUGCAGCUUUGGUACAUUAUUUAACCCUAUCUCCAUUGGCUGAAGGGCUAUUUCAUAAAGCAAUAUCGCAGAGCGGAGUGGCAGCGAACCCUUGGGCCAUCACAAGUAAAGAACCAAGGAAAUACGCCUUCCAGUUGGCUGCUCAGCUCGGCGAACAUUCCACCGAUCCUGCGACCGUCCUCGAGUUCCUGAGGAAAGUUGAGCCGCAGAAACUGGUGACCACCGCGAUUCAAAUUGUAACACCCGAGAUGCGUUACACCAAGUUAGGAUUGUUUGAUCCAUGCAUCGAUGAUAAAUCACCGAAUCCAAUUAUACCUCAACAUCCAUCGGUACUGAUACAAUCAGGCGUCAAAGUACCUUUCUUGUUGGGUUUCAAUAAGAACGAAGGAGCCGCCCUACACAUUUGUAAAUCCGAGAAGAAUUUUCAGCAAAUCAACGAGAAAUUUGAAAUAAUCAUUCAUCCGGAGUUAAUGCUCUCUAUGAAGAAAGAUGGAAUCACCCCGAAUGAUCUGAAACGUAUCUACUUCAACAACGAACCGAUUAGUAGCAAACUGCUUCAACAAUACGCGGAUUUCAUAACCGACUCUUCAUUUCGUCAAGGUAUUUACGAAGUCCUCAAGAUUCAAUUGGAGAAGAGCGUUCAGCCCACGUACUUUUAUCAAUUCACCUACGAUAAUAAAAAUUCCUUCGUGAAACGUGCUCUCAACAUUCCUUUGCAAGGACCAACACACGGAGACGAUUUGACAUAUAUAUUUCAAAUGACGAAAGGAGUACAACUACGACCCCUGCAACCCGGAACCGACAACUACAGAGUGAUGGAGUACUUCACUCAAAUGUGGACAGAUUUCGCGAAAACAGGGAACCCAACACCUAAAGUCACUGGUCUUAUCACAACAGUAUGGAAACCACUCGAGAAAGGGAACGUAUACAACUAUUUGAAUAUCAGUAACAGGUUACGAAUGGAAACCAUUAGUAAAGACGACCAGAGAUUUAACUGGAAGAGAAUAAAUAACAAAUACUACUAAUUAUAUAUUCUUAAUCAUUGGAAAUAUGUUAAGAGAAGAUGUAAUAUGUAAGAUAGCAGUUUUUAUGCAGGAAGCUUGUUUAGAAGAUUUAAAUAACUACCUUUAAAAAUGAA